AUGCGAGUUCCCGGAGUAAACGUUCCCUCGGCUGUGAGGCUCAUCUCAGGCUUGAAGACCUGGGUAAAUAGCCUCUCCACCAUUUCGAGGUCUCCCUCCUUAAUUACCACUCCCUUUGGAUUAGCACCCCGCGCCACGUACUCACCAAUUGGGUUUGGUCCCCGCGGGGAAAGCAGAACCGAUGUGGAGAAACUCCGUGCAGGGAUAUCCCACCACAGCUGCGCCUCCACAAGAACAAAUGUUAAUGUGAUGGAAGGAACUGAAAUUACCAAGGCUCACACGAAGAAGGCUUCACUCUUUUACCCGCAUGGAAUUGUCCGUAUGAACUUCCCCAUGGGUUCCAAAAAAUUUAGCACAAAAAAUAUUAGGGGCAGGUUAUUUUACAAAAGGAGGCCUAAGCAAAUACCAAAGUUGAAAAAAAAAAAUUGGAGAUCCAAGUGGUUAGAAGGAGCUCCACAAAAAAGAGGUAUCUGUUUGAAGGUUCGAGUUCAGACUCCUAAAAAGCCAAAUUCAGGAUUGAAAAAAAUAGCUAGAGUGAGAUUAUCCACCGGAAGAAUUGUCUCUGUGUACAUUCCAGGAAUAGGCCAUAAUUUAAAUACACACAAUAUUAUUCUUGUACGAGGUGGUAGAUGCAAGGACAUCCCUGGAUGCAAUUACAAAGCUAUCAGAGGGGUGUACGAUUUACUUCCCGUUAAAAAUAGAUUCAGGGGAAGGAGUAAGUAUGGUGUAAAACUUUCGGAAGAGAAAAAAAAGCACCUACUUGAAAGGUACAACUUUAAGCACAUAUACAUUAAGAAGGAUGUGGACGAAUUUAACAAGUAUAAAUGGUUCAAUUACGUCGAUGGACAGAAGAAUCUCAGGCAGAAGCCUCUAGAGGAUGAAGAACCCGUCCCAAUUAACAUCUUCCAUUUUAACACGUACUAUCGGAACCGCAAGUUUAAGCAGUCCCAGGAGCAGUGA